GGUACGAAUACGCAAAACAAAUGCAUCGAUCAAACAGCUGUUGGGUUGGCCGGGGCAACAGUCGAGGACAAGAGCCGCCACUAACCUAAGCCAAGUUGAAAGACGAAGCGAUGGCCAGAAAUCAGUUCAGCCAAAGGCAGCAGCGAGCUAGGACGACAACUGGAUUGCAACUGGGAAUCGGGAAAGGAGCACACGACGCAGAACAGAAGAAGAGUAAGAGGAAGAGGAAGCGGAACAGGAACAGGAACAGGAACAGGAAAAGGAAAUUCAAAUAUAAGCUCUGCAAUUGACAAUUAGAGACGAGCAUUGAGAUCCUGGCAAGAUGUGCGACUGCGGCUGCUACUCGUACUGCUUGCACGACACGACGUCCUGCUACAGCCAUUACCAUACCCAUUCGCACUCGCACCACUGCUGUGCGGGCUAUAAGUAUCUGAAGUGCCUGUGUCGCUACUAUCGCCACGUGCACUGCACCUGCUCCUGUUGGCGCCGAAAAUGUUACCUGCUCUAAAGCCCAAUCGGGACACAUUUUGACAUUGACAGCCUGACAGGACGGAGGAUGCGAUGCGAGCGGGAGGCGGAGCGGGAGCAGCGAAUCAGCACCAUUAAAAAUCACAACUCAAACAAUGCAACAACAAUGACAACAACAGCAAGAGAAACAAACAACAGAAACUAGCAAAAAAAAAAAAAAUCAAAUGAUAAAGUCCUUUAAGUAGUUGCAUAACACUUGGCUGCAUCCUCGUAGGAGCUGCCAGCGUCUCUAAUGGAUGAUUGGGGGUGCGAUUGCGACGAUAGCAACUAGCGUGCAUACGGGUCGUAUGUGCAACGUUUUCAGUUGACUGGGUGAGUGCGAGUGUGACUGAGAUAGACAGAGACAGCUGCUAGCAGCCAGCGAGAGA